UGUACAAGCUCGUGCUGCUGAAAAAAUGUGCGUUUUGUAUUAAGAUCUUUUUUAAAGAGGCAAAAUAAACAGAAAAGGAGUAAAUUCCUUUUCAGCACACUUUGUUGUUUUGAACAUGCUUUUAAAUCUUUCACAUAGUUUUUUUAUUGCUUAAAAAAUGUGAAAAAUUGUGUUCCGGUUGGCGGGAAAUAGCAUUUUAAUUUGAAUUUAAAGUGAACUUGAAAAAUCAUUUCAACUUUUAUUCAUAGUAAUCUCAAAGUAUAAAGUAAUUGUGUGAAACGUAACAGUGAUUAUGUGAAGCAAAUGCACGAAAUAUUUUGAAGUAAUUAGUGAUUUUUAUUCUAUUUGAUCCUGUCGAUCGAGAUAAAUGCACGAAAGAAAACUUUGAAACUGAACCAAAAUGAAUGGAAAAUUUCAACAAAAUUGUUGAGAUUGUUGCUGUCCGUAGCAAAAGCACAUUUUCCUAUAAAUUUUCACAAUGAGAUUUAUGUUGAUUGAAAUCAAAAUUUUAAUAAUUUGUCUACAGUUGAAAUCAUUCUGAUGGCGAGAGUAGAAGAAGUUUCUACGUUAUUAAACCUGUGGGAAGAAGCAAGUGUUUCCCAAGGCAGGGAAGUUGUUGGAGUUCUGAAAAGAUUGGCUGAAGUUUUUGAAGCCGAAACUGAAGCAUUUUUGAAGCAAGAUCCAGACCCUUUUGAUGAUCGUCAUCCUAGUCGAUCUCAGCCAGACUGUACUCUUGGGCACAUGCUGAAAACAGUCUUUCGGAAUGACAGGAUUGUUGAUGAGUUGGUUAAGAACUAUUGUAUGCAAGAUAAUGAAGAAUUAAAUACAGUUGUUUGUCGACUUUUGUUGGACAUUCUUCCUGGACUUGAAAAUGUUAUAUUCCAAGAAGAAGGUUUUGUUCCACGAUUAUUACAAUGGGUUGAAAGUGCUUCUAACCCCUUACAAUCUUAUGCUACUGGUCUUUUGGCUGCUGCAAUGGAUGUUCCUGAAAUUGCUGCAAAUCACAGAGAAAAAAAUAAUUAUUUUGUUCCGUUAAUGAUACAGAGGCUUCGAGAGCUGAGUAAACAGUAUCUUCGAAAUCCAAGUCCUCCUCCUGAAGAAGAUAAUUCCUUUGUUCGACCAUUUGCACAAUUCAGUACUAAAAUUGAUGGUGUGCCAAUGAAGGCAGAAGACUGUAAAAUUUCUAAAAGAGGUUCCAGGCGAAAGAAGGACUACUCCAGAUCUUCUCUUCGUUUUAACCCUAUUUCUUCAGAAUCAAAAAGGGAGCGAAAGUCAAGUGUGAAGAUGUCUCCUGUUUCUCCUCCUAUCUGUCAUACUGAAGGCUCUAAUUCUAGUUGGAUUGAGCUAGAAUCUUAUGUCAUUGGUUCACAUCAAGUCUACCCAUUAACUUUAGCUGCCCAGCAGCGAUAUGUUUUGCAGUAUCUAACGCCCAUGGGAGAAUAUCAAGAUCUUAUUGGUCAUGUAUUUGAGCAAAACACUCUUCCAUUAAUCCUUCGAUAUGUUGAUUUAAAACAGAAUCGUGAUGUGCGGCUUGCAUUUGAAGCUUUAAAGUAUCUAGCAUCACUGUUGUGCCCAAAGAAAAUUGCUAUUGAAUUUCUGAACAUAGGCGGUUUACAGCUUCUUCUAAAGGUACCCCGUCCAUCGAUUGCAGCAACUGGUGUUUCAAUUUGUAUCUAUUAUCUCUCCUACAUCGAAGAAGUCAUGGAAAAGAUUUGCAUGCUUCCCACCACAGUUAUUUCAGAACUUGUUACUAUUGCAGUAUGGUUACUUGAAUGCUCUCAUGAUUCAAGCCGCUGUCAUGCAACUAUGUUUUUUGGGUUUGCUUUUGCGUUCCGAAUUAUUCUAACUCAGUUUGAUAAGCAAGAUGGACUACGCAAAUUGUUUAAUGUUGUUAGUACUCUAGAUGUCUUUGUCCAUGCAGCUUCUGGACAGAAUUUGCCAAGGCCUCUUAGUGAUGACCAAAUUUGGGCUGACAGGCAAACGACGAGGCAUGUCUGUGCUACAUUAAAGAGAUAUUUUGAAGCUCAUUUAAUUGAAAAAGUUGAACAAAUUCGUUUAUUGCAAUCGGGGAAAAUGAAUAUGAGUGUUUCAAGUGACAAUAAAUCCUAUAAGUCUAAUUCAGCUGUUAGCCUGACUCCAGAAACAAUUGAACACCACUUGAAUCGACUACAUGAGGAAGGUGUGAUUCCUAUAGAUAAAUGGAAACCUGUGGAUGAGUUUUUACAUCUUGAUGGUGUAUCAUUUCUGCUGGAGCUGAUCUUUACGUAUUUUGACUUAAGUUAUUCUGGAAGACUUGAUACCGUUAAAUGUGCAUUGGAUGUUUUGAAACUGUGCUCUUUAACUGACCGUACACAACUAGCAUUUUGUGAAAAAAUUUCAAGUCCUGAAUACCUUCAUGUCACAGGGAUGAGUAUAUUGUUGACAGCUGCAGAAGGAGAAUUAAUGUUGAUUCCUGAUAUUCAAAAAUCGGCUUUAAUGAUUAUAAUUAACUGUGUUUGUUCAAAAUUACCCAAAGUUUCAGACUCUACUCGUAAUUCUUUGGUCAUUGGUCAAAGAAAGAAAAGUAUCCGUACUAUGGAAGAUCAUUUGAAUAAAAUGUACAAAGGUGUACGGACAAAGAAUGGAAUUAACAUUUUAAUCAAUUUGCUGAGCAUUAAAACCCCUCUCACUGAUGCAGAUUGUAUUAGAACUUUGGCUUGCAAAGCUCUUUGUGGACUUGCAAGGUCUGAAACUGUGAAACAAAUAAUAAGUAAACUUCCACUUGUUACUGAUGGACAGUUACUAGAUCUUAUGAAAGAACCUGUACUUCAUGAUAAAUGUCAGUAUCAUGUGCAAUUCUGUAAGCUUGGAUUAGAACUAAUUCAACAAGUUACUGGUGCUCCUGCAACUCCAACUUCAGGGUCAUCAAUGUUAAACAUCAACAAGUCUGAAGUUGUAUCUAAAACUGAAGUAGUUUACCAUCAAAACCAACUGAUCCAGUUGAUUUCUGAUCAUCUGUCUCUCAAAGGCUAUACAGAAACUGUGGAGUGCCUUCAAAGGGAAAUGGCUGAAAGAUCUGUUCCUGCUGCCUCUUGGGUUCCUGACAACUUCCCUGUCACAAAUCCUUCAUCAUUUGUUUCAGUCUUAAAUCAAGAAAAAUCUUCUUCAUCCAGUUUGGCUUUAACUCCUAUGUCAUCUAAGCAACGGUCAAUCUUUUCUCGUCGCAUCGUCCUUAGAAAAAAUGCAACCUCUGACAAAGUGUUAACCCCAUCUUGUCGACUUCAAAAACCACAAGCCUGUUCUGGGAACUAUGUGCAAUCACCGGCGAUGAAACGCCAAGCUGCUUCAAGCUAUAUACCUUAUGGUUCGUCUCAAACUGUAGGUCUUCAUUCAAUUGUUACAGAAUAUUUGCGCAAACAGCAUAGUUUGUGCAAACAUCCUAUGCUUGCUUGUCCUCCCUUUGACCUUUUUAAUCCUCAUAAGUGCCCAGAGCCUCAUGGCAGGAGAAAUGCCCCUACUAACUGUGCGCUUCGACUGCCAAAAAGAGCGGUUUCUCCUCCAGAUGGUGGUUAUGGAGGUUCUGCAUUAAAUAGAAAGUUAAUAUAUGGCAGGUACCGUCUUGUUCGUACUUUUCGUGCUGAAGAUGCAAGAUGUGAUUUUCUGACUUGCUCAUUUUUGAAGUACAACUCUGAGUUUCCUCAUCCUAGAAUACUAGUUGGUACACUAAAUGGUGACUUGAAGGUAUUCAAUGUUAACACUGCACAGGAAGAACUAAGUAGAGAGUGCCAUAGAGUCAGAGGUGUAGCUCAUAUAGAAUCCAGAGAGACAACUCCAAUUGUUAUCACUUCAGAUGGUGGCCGCAUAGGGAAUUCCUCAUUGUGGAAUAGUGAUGACAAUUUUGAAUUCAUGCAUAAUUUUAUAGAAAUUUCUCAUCUUGAGUUUGGGAAAAGAAGUAUUGAAAGAUUAGUUGGCUCUAGACAAUAUUCAACAUCGAUAUUAGACACAGCAACUUUUGCAGAACUUCAGAACUUUACUCAUAAUAAUUUAGGAAAUGGAUAUACAAGAAAUCGUGCUACAUUUGAUUAUAAUGAUGAAUUAGUGCUUUCUGAUGGACUUAUUUGGGACAUUAGAAGUGGGAAAAUGAUUCAUAAGCUGGAUAAAUUCAAUUCGACAGAAAAUGGCAUUUUUCAUCCAAAUGGGCGAGAAAUAAUUUCUAAUUCAGAAAUUUGGGACAUUAGGACAUUUAAACUUCUUCGUACAGUGAAUACUCUGGAUCAGACAAAGAUAUGUUUUAAUCCUCCAGGGACUGUAAUGUAUGGUGUGCAUUUAUAUCCUCCUAUUCCCAGAGAUGUAAAAAAUGAAGAUAAUGCUAACACAUUUGCUGUGUAUGAUGCAUAUGAUUACAGCAGCAUAGCUACAGUUGAAGUUAGGAAGCCAGUUUUCCAGUUGACAUCAGAUUUAAAUGACAGAUAUAUUGCUAUUAUUGAGAAUCAAACAUUAAGUAUGGCAGAGCAUUUGCUGGCACCUGUUAUUGGAGUUGAUUGCAUUUGUAAAUUAUAUGAAAUUGGAAGAACGAAAGAAGAAGGAGAUGAUGGUGAAGAAGAGUCAGAUGACAGUGAAGAAGGCACAGAAGGAGAUGAUGAUGACGAAGAUGAUAAUAAUGACACACGAAAUGAAGAAGACAAUGAUGAUCAGGAUGACACAAAUUGGGUUACAACUUCGGAUUCUGGGGGUGAUGAUGAUGAUGACGAAGAUGAUGACGACGACAUUGAAGAUGUGUUGUUUGCCCUAAAUCCUUCUGCUGAAGAAUGAUUACACUUGUGAUAUUGUAUUUUAUAUAUUUUAAGAAAAACUAUUUAUGACUUUCAAAUGAAAGGAAAUGAAUUUUGUAUUUAUGACAUAAUAAAUUUUUCUUAUACUUGUAUAAGUCACGC